AUGGUUGCAAAAGACCGCCAAAGUGCUACAAGCUCUCCUAGUCCUAAAGUGGAGGUGGGAGAGAUCGACACAAGGGCACCUUUCCAAUCUGUUAAAGAUGCUGUUACACUAUUUGGAGAAGGCGCAUUCUCUGGGGAAAAACCUGCCAUUAAGAAGACAAAACCUCAUUCAGCAGAGAGAGUACUAGCCAACGAGACGCAGCUUCACCUGGCCCAGAAAGAAUUGAACAAGUUGAAGGAACAACUGAAGAAUGCUGAAACUACGAAAACCCAAGCACUUGUGGAGCUUGAAAAGGCUAAGGAAACUCUUGAGGAUCUUACUAAUAAGGUGACUUCCCUCAGUGAAUCUAAGGAAUCUGCAAUAAAGGCGACAGAAGCUGCAAAAAGUCAGGCAAAGCAACUUGAAGAAGCAAACUCUGGCAACCUUGCUGGAACUGAUGGUGCUUGGAAACAAGACUUGGAAACAGCAAGAGCACAGUAUAUGAAUGUGAUUACUGAACUUAAUGCUGCAAAGCAGGAGUUACAGAAAAUCCGUCAGGACUGUGAUGCAUCCUCGCAAGCAAAAGUUACUGCUUUCAAUCAGGCAGCAGAAGCUGAAGAUGCAGCCAAAGCAAAUGCGGAGAGGGUUACUGAGCUCUCCAAGGAAAUUUCAGCUGUGCAGGAAUCAAUUGGGCAAGUGAAGCUUGCAUCUUUGGAAGCCCAGCAGGAGCAAGCGAAGAUAUUUGCUGAAAAGGAUGUCCUGAGGCAGUCGUAUAAAGCUACCUUGGAAGAGUCAACAAAAAAAUUGCUUUCUCUGAAAAGAGAGUUUGAUCCAGAACUCUCUAGAAAUCUUGAAGCACAACUUUCUGAAACGUUGAAUGAAGUUGGAGCUCUGCAAAAGCAAAUGGAGAAUGCAAAGGCUUCCGAUUUAGAUUCUGUGAGAAUUGUCACUUUGGAGCUGGAUGAUGCUAAGGAAUCACUGCAUAAAGUAGCAGAAGAGGAAAGCAGUCUCAGAAGCUUAGUUGAAGCACUUAAGUUGGAACUUGAGAAUGUGAAAAAAGAGCAUGCUGAACUGAAGGAGAAGGAAGCGGAAACAGAAUCGCUUGCUGGGAAUUUACAUGUGAAACUGCGGAAAACCAAGUCUGAGCUUGAAGCAUGCCUAGCAGAAGAGUCUCAAGCAAGAGGUGCUUCCAAUGAAAUGAUAGCUACACUAAACCAGCUAUCCUUGGAAACUGAAAAUGCAAGGCGGGAAGCAGAAGACAUGAAGAUUAAAGCAGAGGAGUUGAGGAAGGACGCUGAAACAACCAAAAUUGCAGUAAAAGAAGCGGAGAAGAGGCUGAGACUUGCUUUGGAAGAAGCUGAAGAGGCUAAAGCAGCUGAAGAAAGAGCCCUUGAACAGAUUAGAGUUUUAUCGGAGAGAACUAACGCUGCUCGAGCAUCAACUUCUGAGUCUGGUGCCAAGAUCACUAUAUCAAAGGAAGAGUUUGAAUCUUUGAGCCGAAAGGUUGAGGAGUCUGAUACAUUAGCAGAAAUGAAAGUGGCUGCUGCCAUGGCCCAGGUGGAAGCUGUGAAGGCUAGUGAAAAUGAGGCCUUGAAGAGGUUAGAGGCAAUCCAGAAGGAAAUUGAGGAUAUGAAGGCUGCAACUGAGGAGGCCAAAAAGAGGGCAGAAAUGGCUGAAGCAGCCAAGAAGGCAGUGGAAGGAGAGCUCCGAAGGUGGCGAGAACGGGAGCAAAAGAAAGCAGCUGAAGCUGCAUCACGGAUAUUGGCAGAAACAGAGAUGUCAGUGGAAUCAUCCCCACACCAUUACAGGAUUCAAAAGCAGAACCCUCAAACGAAAAUUAUUGAGGCCCGGAAGUUGGACAAAGAGAAGACGUCUGUUUCGAAAAAAACACUUUUGCCUAAUCUGAGUGGCAUGUUCAAUAGAAAAAAGAGCCAGGUCGACGGCGGUUCCCCUUCUUAUCUCCCUGGUGAGAACCCCCUUUGA